CGAGUCUUUUGUAUUGGUUGUUUCAAUUUGGUCGUGACGGACUUUGUGGGUGUAAGCAAGUUUAGGUUAAAUUUGUCGGUAGAAGGGGAUCUGAACAUCAGAGGUAGCAACGAGAAGAAAGAUGGCGUCGCUAGUUGCAGCUUUGGCUAUUAUAUGUGCUGCAAUUCUGGCAGUUAAUGCAGACAUGUAUCUGCAAAACCCAAGAGGAAGUAACAAUCGUCUAAACGAGCGUGGAAGAGAAAGGUCCAACGCCAACAGGCUCUUUGAUUCACAAAACAACAAUCGUGGUGGAUACAAUGUUGGAAAACUCUGGUACUACUCUGGAUCCGUGUUGCCAAUACAAUGGACGAACCAACACUCCUGCAACGGCCCUAACAAUAACUGCGAAAUCAUCAUACAGUAUAUGUGCAGUAGCAAGAUCAGAGAUGGAACACAAACAAGGACGAUCCCAGACAAAGAUACAUCAUGCAGAAGUAGGGAUUGCGACAAAGAUCUGAGAUAUGGAAUGCACGAGGACUUCAAAUAUUAUGAAACAUGCAAGAACAGAAGACGAAACAAGCAGCUUUUUACUGCUGAUCAGAAUUUGAAAGGAGAAUCAGCAAGAUACACACGCCAGAACCCACAAGGAACACGCCGUGGCUAUGAGUGCCCCGAAGAGCGCGAUUAUUAUCCAUACUGGUCCCCUACCCCAUGGAAGGACAUUGCAGUCUUAACCAACGACGUUUCUAGGUGCGACUACUACAAGCGAGAGAGUCAAAACAGAAAGUCAAGAUGGGUGUGCGAUGUCCCCGAGACUUACCUUUACAGAAUAAGGGGUGGUCGCAAAAGAAGAAUUAACGGCAGAUACAUUCCCAUAAGCCAAGCUGAAUGCGAGCAAAUAACCGGUGCCACAUGGAAGGAGCAUCCAGCACAUAACAUUGAUGCUCCAGACUGUGUUCAAGCACCGUGGUCACGUGACAAUCACAACGGAAAUGGAAGAAAUGGGUACAUGAACAUUUACAACUGGACAGUGCCAAAUCUCGACGAGGACAGCUGUGCGAUAAGAAUCAGAUACAACAUAUCAACAAACGAUUACGACACAUGGAAUACAUUCAGUGACAAGAAUGGAGAUACAACCAAAGUCGAUAUCGCUGGGCUGGUUGGCCUCAGCUCCGCCGAGGCGGUUCAGCGAGGAUUUGUUUUCAAAAACAAUCCGGUUGUGAACCUAUUUCCAGGAUCAAGCAAAUUGCAGCUUCGUUUGGCAAUCAACACCGCACAGUAUGGAAGAACCUUUCAAGACAGGUCAUUUGCAUUCGCAAUUAUGCCAAGAACUGAAGAGUUGAAGAACAAAAACAUCUACAAUGUGAACGUACGUGGAAAGAGAGGGAAUAUCGUGCAGGUUUAUCCGGCAGUGGAGUAUGACUACGUGCCAAAUACACUUGUGGUCAAUAAAGAUGACUUCGUUCAUUUCCAAUGGACUGGUUCUAAUACUAAUCCUGGAAAUAAUGCAGGACAAGGGAAAAGCGGGACUGAUCGAUCAAAUGUCAUUCUUCUUGCGGACCAGGUCUACCCUGAGGGGCUACCAAAGCCGGAUGACGUUCAUGGACAGUAUGGAAGGAACUUUCCAGAAAAUAUUGUCACGGGUACCGUACUAGGCCUUGCGGAAGUAGACGCAAAGAAACUUGCGUUUUUGCAACCAGGAUCAGGAGUUGAACUGGAUGAAGCUUCGGUGUAUUUUGAUCUGGGGCCAAGAAAAGUUACUCGCUCAGGUACUUACUUCUACAUGUGCACGAGGAACAAUAACUUUACAAACAGGAGUCAAAAAGGGAAGAUAGUGGUGAGAGGUGCUAGCAGUGACGAAGCUACAGAAGCAAAGAAGAAGGACCCAGUGGUCAGCAAUACAGUUGUCAAGGAAGACACCAAACUUAGUGACAGCUCAGCCACCAAAGAUGGCAUUGCUGAAUGGGCAACAGAAUUAGACGCAUUAGCACAAAAUGAGAAAGAUGCAACCAAGAAGGAUAUUAAAUCAGAUGCAAAUGCUUUGGAAUCAAAUGUAAAUGAGAAGGACAUAGCAUCAGAAAUAAAAAUGGACAAGAAAGACCCAUCAAAUGAUAAAAUAACCGUAGAGAAACUGUCAGUAGAAAGCGGCAUGAGUUUGAUUGCAAAGAACGGAGGCUCGAUGGACGUUGGUGACGGUUACGCAAGUGACUUUUUGAAGGUCUAUACAAAGAAAGAUAGCAAGGAUGAUGGGAAACAAGCGUCAGUUGAAUUGGCUUUAAAAAGAGGCAUUGAUCAGGCCGAUGUGACGGUGUAUUAUUCAACUGAUAUGAAAUCUUGGGAUGCUGCAGAGAGGCAGGAUGUUAGUGACGGGGUGGCCAGAGUCAAAAUAAGCACAGGUGGGGUGUAUGUCGCCAGAUUUUCAAAAAGUGAAGAAGAAAAGAGAGCUGAGCAAGAAAACAGAGAAGUGCAGAAACAAGAGGAGGAAUUUGAACGGUUUGCAAAGGAGGAGCAAUCAGUCGUAACUGCUGAGGGUGAUAAUAAAAAGGAAGCAAAAGAUGAGUCCGAAAAGGUCUGGUCAGUUGACCAAUGACGUCACAUAGCAGGCUCCGUAAAAACACUACUAUUAUAAGCCUUUUCAUUAGUUUAGUUUGGGCGUGAUUGCUUUUUAUUUAACUAUCACGAAAUUUUCUAUUAAUCUUCAGCAUUGAA